CCAUUCAUCUGAGCCUGCUGGCUGGAAAUGACAGCCCUCUUUUGUGUCAGGGUAAUUUGUUUAUCUACUGCGUGCGGCUCCCACUGCUUCCUCUUUUCUGUUCUGCUUCCCUCCGUCUCUCUCUCUCUCUGUCUCCUCUCCCUCUCCCCCUCUCUCUGAGAGCUGCUUCUCGUUGCUAAAGGCCUACAUGGCAGCUCGCCUCCUGCCCUGCACAAGCCCGAGCCUGGACCGGUUCUGCUGCCCACUCCACUGAGUGCCCCCUUCUUUCACUGAACUCCUGCUGCCCCCUCUCUCUGAGUGCCCUCUCCACUGAGUGAGCUGCUGCUGCCCUGGCGACUAGGGACACCCCUUCUUAAAGCGGGGAUCUGACGAGCUUCUCUCUUCUGGUAUCGCUAACGGGCCUCUUACCAUGAGCCAUUCCACUCCAGCUACAGCUAAUGGGAACGACACCAAAAAAUUUAAAGGAGACCGCUCUCCCUGUUCUCCAUCUCGAGUCCUCCACAUCCGCAAAAUUCCAAAUGAGGUCACUGAAUCAGAGGUCAUCUCACUAGGUCUGCCGUUUGGAAAAGUUACCAAUCUUUUAAUGCUGAAAGGAAAAAGUCAGGCAUUCCUGGAAAUGGCUUCCGAAGAAGCAGCAGUCACCAUGGUGAAUUACUAUACCCCUCUUACUCCUCACCUCCGCAGCCAACCUGUGUACAUUCAGUAUUCUAACCACAGAGAGCUGAAGACCGACAAUCUGCCUAACCAAGGGAGAGCACUGGCAGCCUUGCAGGCCGUAAACACCGUCCAGUCAGGAGGCCUGACUCUCACAGGCGGGUCUGGGAUUGAAGGCUUGACACUUUCUGGACAGAGUCCAGUCCUCAGAAUUAUAGUGGAGAAUUUAUUUUACCCGGUCACCUUGGAAGUACUAUAUCAGAUCUUCUCCAAGUUUGGAACUGUACUGAAGAUAAUUACUUUCACAAAGAACAACCAGUUCCAGGCCUUGCUGCAGUAUGCUGAUCCUAUGAACGCACAUCACGCCAAAGUGGCUCUAGAUGGGCAGAAUAUAUACAAUGCAUGCUGUACUCUGCGCAUUGAAUCCUCCAAGCUAACAAGCCUUAAUGUCAAGUACAACAAUGACAAGAGCCGUGAUUUUACCCGCAUCGAUCUACCUACUGGCGAAGGACAGCCCACACUUGAUGCCACAAUGGCUACAGCUUUUGGGGCUCCAGGUAUCAUCUCAUCCCCGUAUGCUGCAGCUGCUGGAUUUGCUCCAGCUAUUGGUUUCCCUCAGGCAGGCCUUUCGAUGCAGGGUGUUCCAGGAGGUGCCCUGGGCCCACUUGCGCUCACCACUUCUGCCAUCACUGGACGUAUGGUUGGCAUAACUGCAAUGCCAGGACACUCUGUUUUGUUGGUCAGCAACCUAAACCCCGAUGUUAUCUUACCUCAUGGUCUCUUUAUCUUGUUUGGGGUAUAUGGAGAUGUCCACCGUGUGAAGAUACUGUUUAACAAAAAGGAGAAUGCACUGGUGCAGAUGGCAGAUGCAACUCAAGCACAACUUGCCAUGAGUCACUUAAAUGGACAAAGACUUCAUGGAAGGGUACUGCGAAUUACCCUCUCCAAGCAUCAGGCUGUCCAGCUUCCCCGAGAGGGUCAUGAAGACCAAGGUCUAACCAAGGAUUAUACGAAUAGCCCACUGCAUCGCUUCAAGAAACCUGGAUCAAAGAACUUCCAGAAUAUCUUCCCACCUUCAGCAACUUUGCAUCUGUCAAAUAUUCCGCCUUCAGUUACUGAUGAUGAUCUAAAGAGACUAUUUGCUAGCACUGGUUGUUCGGUCAAGGCCUUCAAAUUCUUCCAAAAAGAUCGAAAGAUGGCAUUAAUCCAGCUUGGAUCUGUGGAAGAAGCUAUUCUGGCUUUAAUUGAACUGCACAACCAUGACUUGGGAGAGAACCACCAUCUGCGCGUUUCUUUCUCCAAAUCCAUGAUAUGAGUUGCAAUUCCUCAUCCCCAACCUAUCCUUACUUAACACUCUUCCCUUUAAAGACUGGACCAAGGUUUCAGCAAAAAUCCUCAGACAGAGACUGAAGAUGCUACGAGACCAACUUAUUUGAGAAGACUGAACUCCUCAUGUCAACACACACAUAAGUACUGACAAAGCAAAGCAGAAAUCACCAAGACUUGAAAUAAUGAAACGGUCUGCUUGCUGUCAGUAAGACGAACAUUUUGCGUUUUUAUGGAAAAUCUCCGGAACAACACUUCCUAUUUUAUUAUAAUUCUUAUUUUUGCCAUUCCUCACUCCUCUAUGUCCUUUUGAUUUUUGUUCCAUAUUAGCCUUACACAACAUAAUUUUGACAAUCAUCUAAGUGUUGAAUAUGCUAAUUUAGAGUGUUGGGAAAUUUUCUGAUUACUCUGGUUUGUUUUGGUUUUAUUUUUUGUUGGUUUUAUUUUUAUUUUUUUGCCUCCUCCAUAUUGAGUCCAUCAUAAUGAUGGGGCUGUGUACCAAAUAUAUUUGCUGAAAAAUUAUUUGGUGCCUGCACUUGCAAAAAUACAAUUUAGAUAAGCAUUGAAACUUUCUCUUUCAGAUCUAUAUUUUUCCUUCAAUUAUUUGUUUCUGUCUAUGGUAAACAUUUGCUGUAGGUAAUCCAUAGAUUUUUUUAAAAUUUAUUUAUUUAAGGCAAUUUUUUUUUUUUUUUUUUUUUUUUUUUUAACAGUGGCUUGUUAGCAUAUUGUUGAGAAUGUACUAUUUCACAUAUGCCCAGAGUUAGGAUUUUGUGCCUAAAAAUGUUUUAGGCAAAAAAAAAAGUAAAAUAUAUUCAGUAAUACCAACAUGGUAUAACUGCAUGCAUGAUUUUUGAUGCAGUGUAGUGUAGCUAAUCAAAUUUAAGUGCCGUCAGCCCAUUUAAGUGUGUUGUGUAACACUAGGACUUUGGAACAAAAUGCAAAGGUUCACGGUUAAAAAUAAAAAAAAUAAUAAUAAAAAUGAAAAAAACAUGAACUGUUUCUUUGCUGAAAAAGAAGUUUACAGUCUUAAGAAAACUAUUCAGGUCUAUCAUUUGGUUUGACAGAUUUUUAAUAAUUAUUUUUGGUAAUAUUGAGAAAAAAAACAAAGACUUGAACCUCAAGGGUUUUUUGUACCACUAUAAUAACUAAAAUACUUACAUCAGAUUUACUGUGUACUUACUUAAUUUACUUAUUAUGUGCCUUAUUGUGUGCUUAUAAUGAAACCAUAGUUUAGAUUAUUCUUGAUGUAUCUUUUGAAAAUUGUAUUGUGGGCUUGGUGAGAGAUUUUUUUUUUUCCCUUGGUUCUGAUUUUUUUUCUGUAGUUUAAAUGUUUUGUGUGUAAUUUUUUUUAUCUUAUUAUUUUUUAUUUUUAUUUUUUUUUUGUCUAAAACUAAAAUCUGCAAUCCAUUUAUUUGUUUGAUCUGCAAAGAACCAGAGAGGGUUAUUGAAAGGAGCGUUGCUUAUAUUAUGUUGGUUGAUCGUUCCACUGUAGCCACACAGUACAUAGAGAAAUUAGUAAAUGCAAUUGUGGGUUCAAAUUUGCUGCUGCAUUGUCAUAAACUUAGGGGUAUUUUUUUUUUUUUUUUUUGUCCUUUAUUUUUCUUGUACCUUUUCAUGGUAUCCCACGGACUAUGUAAAUACCAAAACCCUAAAUAUUAUCUGAGGCUGGCAACCCAGCAUGUACACUGCUUAUCGAAUGUAAAUGUUGAAUAUGUCAAAGAGCCUUUUUGACCGGAAAGUGAUUUGUUGCGAGCAAAUGUCAAAUGCUGGAAUUUGUAGAAAAACUACUAUAACCCUCAAUCUCUUAAUGCAUCUGCUGACUUAACACUUCCACUCAGGACAUAUUAUAACUUUUUGUUUUUUUUCUUGAUGUAUGCAGUGCAAAAUGUGUGCUAAAGAAAGAAAACAGACAAAAUAUAUCCUUUUGAAUGUCAUUUAUCGGCAAUGAAUGUUAGCCUUUGUUUUUGGCAAGAAAGAUAUAUUGGUAAAGGUUUAAAAAAAAAACAUAUACGUAGAUUUGUGAGUUUUGGUCUUAGCUGGUCUAAGUACAAUACGUAAAAGUCAUCAAAAUCCGGCUGUUGAUUUUCUUUUCAUUUCAUUACAUAAAUCACUAAAUGUAGUUGUUUCAGAAUACCACUGAGUGUCGAAAAAAAAUGUUUUCCUAGCGUGAAAGAAAAUGAGUAUAAGAAAAAAGUAUAACCGACUAAUAUUUGUUUUAUUGAACCAAUUAAGGUUGGUUUUUAGAAAUUAGAAUACUCAUUUUAAAUCCAUCUUGAAGGAAUAUUUCAGAUUAUGUAAAGGAAAGAAUCUUCAAAAAAUGUAUUAUGUAAACGUUUAAUCUGUAGAAGAAGGUGUCUGGCUGUAUUUAAGGUUUGUAAUUAUGUCUAACAAAAUAUCAAUUAAACAUUUUUUUUGUUUGGGUAGAAAAUGUGUCCAUUUAAAUUUAAAUGUAUUUUUUUUUUAAAUAAAUGUUUAUGUAAGUGUUAA